AUGGGUGGUCAGUGUCAAAUCUUCGAUUACGACGACAUUCUGUUAUUGCCAAGGAAGUGUGUGGUGAAGUCACGUUCCGAGUGUGACGUAGGAGUGACGUUUGGUAAUCACCAUUUCAAGUUACCGGUGGUGCCAGCGAACAUGAAGGCGGUGGUGAACGAAGACAUCUGUGAGAAGUUGGCACGUGGGGGAUACUUUUACAUUAUGCAUCGAUUUGAUGUGGAUACGGUGAAGUUUGCAGAACGGAUGUUGAGGGAGAAUUUGAUUGCUUCGGUAAGUCUCGGUGUGAAGCAGCACGACUAUGAUGUGGUAGAUGAAUUGGCGGCCCGGGAUUUGGUUCCUCAGUUUAUAACAAUAGAUAUUGCUCACGGCUACUCGGACACAGUUAAGUUGAUGAUCGAACAUAUUCGCGCGAAAAUGGGCCAGAGGACCUUCAUCAUUGCCGGCAACGUGGCUACUCCGGAGGCCGUGGUGGCGCUAGAGAGCUGGGGCGCGGACUGUACCAAGAUCGGCGUCGGUCCUGGCAAGGUCUGCAUCACGCGGAACAAAACGGGUUUCGGCACUGGUGGUUGGCAGCUUUCCGCCGUUAAGUGGUGCGCGAGUAUUGCCCAAAAACCCGUCAUUGCUGACGGUGGCAUCCGACAUCAUGGAGACAUUGCAAAGUCCCUCCGCUUCGGCGCCCGCAUGGUCAUGUGCGGCUCGCUCUUCGCUGGUUUGGAGGAGGGUCCUGGUGAAACUGUCGAAGUCGACCAUGUUCUCUACAAGGCCUACUACGGAUCCGCCUCAGAACAUAACAAGCACGAACGGAAAAACAUUGAAGGCAAACGUAUACUCGAACCUAUAAAAGGCACCCUCGAUACACUCCUCAAAGAGAUCACUGAAGACCUACAGUCAUCUAUUAGCUACGCCGGAGGCAAAGACCUCUCUGUACUCGACCAGUGCAACUACGCAAUCGUUGGCGGAAUGAAUGAAAGGGAACACAUAUUCGGCGACCUCCCUUAG